CCUCCAAAGGCCAAAACGCCGCCGUAGAGUACCAAUUAUUGACCUUAUUUGUCUCUCGGAAUCAUCGAUGGUCACCAACACAAACCCACCCCCUUCUGUUACAUAGUUUUUUAGCUUCUUAUUACCCUUUCACUAUCUCGACAAGUCCGCCCAACUCGUCAGCACCAAAUUCUCAAUCCUGCUUAAAUAAAAAUAUCAUCUUUCACAAAUCUCUCACCAACCCUUCUCUUUUUUUUCUCCUCUGAACCAAAACCCAGAUUUUCUUAUCUCCAAUGGAAGCCUCAAUCGCCCUAUCGAGAAUCGGCCUCGCCGGUCUAGCCGUCAUGGGUCAAAACCUUGCUCUAAACAUCGCAGAGAAAGGCUUCCCAAUCUCCGUCUACAACAGAACCGCUUCAAAAGUCGACGAGACAGUCCACCGUGCUCAGAACGAAGGACCCUUUUCAUUAUCCGGUCAUUACAACCCACGUGACUUCGUUCUCUCAAUUCAACGGCCUAGAUCUGUUAUAAUCUUGGUCAAAGCCGGUACUCCCGUUGAUCAGACCAUUGCUGCUUUGUCUGAACAUAUGGAAGCUGGUGACUGUAUUAUCGACGGCGGUAAUGAAUGGUAUCAGAAUACUGAGAGGAGAAUUCAAGAAGUUACUGAGAGGGGGCUUCUUUAUUUGGGUAUGGGAGUUUCGGGUGGUGAAGAAGGUGCUCGGUUCGGGCCGUCUUUAAUGCCGGGUGGGUCUUUUGAAGCGUAUAAUAAUGUUAAAGAUAUUUUGCAGAAAGUUGCUGCUCAAGUUGAGGAUGGGCCAUGUGUUACUUAUAUUGGUGAGGGUGGUUCAGGUAAUUUUGUUAAGAUGGUUCAUAAUGGAAUUGAGUACGGUGAUAUGCAGUUGAUUUCUGAGGCAUAUGAUGUUUUAAAGAACGUUGGUGGGUUGUCUAAUGAUGAAUUGGCUGAGAUUUUUACUGAGUGGAAUAAGGGGGAGUUGGAGAGUUUCUUGGUUGAGAUUACUUCUGAUAUUUUUAGGGUUAAAGAUGAGCAUGGUGAUGGGGAGUUGGUUGACAAGAUUUUGGAUAAGACGGGGAUGAAAGGGACUGGGAAAUGGACUGUUCAGCAAGCGGCUGAGCUUUCUGUUGCGGCGCCGACGAUUGCUGCUUCUUUGGAUUGUAGGUAUUUGAGUGGCUUGAAGGAGGAGAGGGAGAGCGCCGCCGAGAUUUUGAAGGAGGCUGGAUUGCAGGAGGAGGUUGGGGCGGUUAAGAGCGGGAUCGAUAAGAAGAGAUUGAUUGAUGAUGUGAGGCAGGCGUUGUAUGCUUCUAAGAUUUGUAGCUAUGCUCAAGGGAUGAAUUUGUUGAGGGCUAAGAGUGUUGAGAAGGGUUGGAAUUUGAAUUUGGGUGAGAUGGCUAGGAUUUGGAAAGGUGGGUGUAUUAUUCGGGCGGUGUUUUUGGAUAGGAUCAAGCAGGCUUAUCAGAGGAAUCCCAAUUUGGCUAGCUUAGUUGUUGACCCGGAAUUUGCUAGGGAGAUGGUCCAGAGGCAGGCGGCUUGGAGGAGAGUUGUAGGUUGUGCUAUUUCAGCCGGGAUUAGCACGCCCGGCAUGUGUGCCAGUCUUGCUUAUUUUGAUACUUAUAGGCGUGCAAGGCUACCGGCAAAUCUUGUUCAGGCACAGAGGGACUUGUUUGGUGCACAUACUUAUGAAAGGAUCGAUCGCCCAGGUGCAUACCACACUGAGUGGACAAAACUUGCUCGCAAGAACAAUGCCGGCGUUGGUGCUUUCAACUAAGCUUUUUCAUGGUCUGGUUGCUUCUUUGUUUCAAUUGGGUUUUACUGAUGUUUUGUUAUUUGGAUUAGGAUAAAAUGUUUUAUUGAGGAUUCUCUUGCCUUGGCAUAGCAAUUAUUCAUUAGUCACAGUUUUAAUAAGAAAUGCAUGCCUCUUGAGUUCCAUAAGGCGUUACUCCUUUUUAGUUAGACAAGAUAGCUUUCGAUCAUGCUUUCAAUAAGACUUGUUUGCUUUCUCUCGA